AGUUCGCGUGUCAAACAUAAGACGCACGCAGACGCAGGCAAAUAAGAAAGAAAGAGAAGGCAAACAUUUCUCGUUGAAACACCUCCACACAAAAGAAUCUUGCUCAAACAUCUCCACCCACCUCCUCCCUCUUCUUUUCUCAGAUUCAGCGACAACAACAGAAGCCCCCGUAAAACAUCAAACAAGACACGACAAGCCGCUACUGUUGUGUUGUGUUGUGUUUUCCAAGACAACCAUGUCUUCUUCAUCCAGAUCGUUGAUUAAUCGCGCGGUUCCGUUUAUUACAUCUCGAAUUCGUGAGAAUAGUCGAUUGAUGAUAAUUAGUAGAAGAGGAAGAUGUUAUUCAUCUUCUUCCACCGAGCCUCUGUCUGAACCUCAAUCAUCAUCCUCCUCCGAAUCUAUUCAGAUGACAGAUAAUUUUGUUAGGAGGAUGAAAGAAUUACAAGUAGACGAAGACAAAGAGAAAAUGCUUCGGUUAAGCAUAGAAGCUGGUGGAUGUUCCGGGUUCCAAUAUAAUUUCACGCUUGAUGAUAAGACUACUUCAGAUGACAGGAUAUUUGAGAGGGACGGUGUUAAACUGGUGGUAGACAAAAUUUCAUAUGACUUUGUAAAAGGCUCGACUGUUGAUUAUGUGGAGGAACUGAUACGUUCUGCAUUUCAGGUGGCAUCAAAUCCAAGUGCAGUUGGUGGAUGUAGCUGUAAAAGUUCCUUCAUGAUAGGAUAAAGUGUUGUUAUCGAUACAAAAAAAAAAAGCAACUAUUUUUAAGAGCAUAAUAGUUGAAAUAUCAUUGGCUGGCUUCACUUGUACGAAAGCCUUGCCAUAUUUAUUUGAUAAGUUAAUUGUUAAACAUUGCGCUCAGUGUAAGGAGAUACAGAGUAACCUGGGUGUGUACAAUUUUUGGGAACUUAUAAUUCCUAUAUCUUAUAGUUAACUUGG